AUGAGGGCAACUGACACCGCUCUAGCCCGAUUCUAUGCUCAGCCAAAAAUCCAUAAAGCAAAUGUCCCACUUCGGCCAAUCGUUGCCCUAAAAGGCAGCCCCACCUACAAUUUGGCAAAGUGGAUGUACUCAAAACUGAAGUUCCUCCAAGGCAAUUCGACUGCCUCAGUUCGAUCAGCCUCUCAAUUCCUCAUAGACCUCAGAGGUCGGAGAAUUCAAUCGGACGAAAUCAUGGUCUCCUUCGAUGUGACGUCGUUAUUCACAUCUAUCCCACCAAACGUGGCCCGCGAAGUCUUGCGCAAGAGACUUGAAGAGGCGUACGAUGAGACUCAGAAUGCCCUCAAAAUUGAACACCUCAUGAGGCUGUUUGAAUUCUGCCAACAAACUUUCUUCACUUUUGCGGUAGAGACCUAUGAACAAAUCAAGGGAACCCCAAUGGGCUCACCGGUCUCCGGUUUGGUGGCAGAACUGGUCCUACAGGAGUUGGAAAAGAUUGCCUUCCUCCAACAUGAACCGGUGUUUUGGCGACGUUACGUUGACGACACGUUCGUCAUCGUAAAGAAGGACAUGCUGCAACAUUUUCACUGCCUGCUCAACGCAGUCUUCCCGGAUAUAAAAUUCACGAGAGAAGAAGAACAGGAGCAGCAGUUGCCCUUUCUGGAUGUGCUCGUCAGACGAAACCUUAACGGUGAACUUGAAACGACGGUUUAUAGGAAGGCAACGAACACCACACAGCUUCUCAGUUUUCACAGCAACCAUCCGGUGGUUCACAAACGAAGCUGUGUGAAGACGCUCUUCAAACGGAUACACACUCAUUGCAGCAAACUGGAAGAUAGAGCGCGUGAUGCCCGUUAUCUCCGCGACCAGUUUGUGCAAAAUGGCUAUCCGAGGGCAUUCAUAAGUCGCUGCCUACGCGGUCGCCACCAGAGAACUCAAACAUCAAAGCCACCGACGAUAUGGCAUUCUCUGCCAUACAUCAAGGGUGUUUCAGAAGCGACCGAGCGCAUUGCUGCGGAGCUAGGGGUUGGAAUCGCACACCGCCCCAAAGCCACCAUGCGCAACAGGGUCAUGAAGAUCAAAGACCGGUUAAGGCUUGAAGACCAAUCUGGAGUAGUGUAUCGCAUUCCGUGUCAAAAUUGUCCUUGUAAUUACACAGGACAGACUGGACGCAUGCUCGGAUCGCGCAUACAUGAACAUAAGCUGGCUGUGCGGCGAGGCGACGCAUUAUCACAAGUGGCCGCCCACAACUACGAACUAGGUCACGAGUUUAACUUCGCAGCCACCAAAAUAGUUGCCCACGCCGGAAACAAAACAGGCCGAGAAUUGAUUGAAGCUUGGGCCUCGGAUGAGAACUCGGUCAAUCGAUUUAUCGAUCUGGCGCCGGCGUACAGAGCCCUUCGUAGUCACCUCCAGUCGUGCGACGUCGGUCGAUGA